UUAUAGCGUUCUUCUCUUUGUCAUCGAUGAUGAUCGAUCGCAGACCGACCGACUUGUCUGAGACAGGACUCCGACGUUUGAAGGGAGCACCCUACAUUAGUCGCUGCCCACUGCCUCCGGAACGUCAAUAUUCCGGAGGGAAAGCGCCAUGGCGUCCCCAACCCCACCAGGAGAACCUGAACACGAUGUGCCCGACCGAAGCGACGAGGCGGACGCAGAGUCAAGCCACCUCUUGCCACCCGAAGCCAACCAUCCGCCACCGCCGGACGAUGAUCGGGACGAUCUCGCCUUCGAGCCCCACGAGAAGAUCAUGAUCGUCGACAUCGAGUCCGCCGACGAGACGGCGGUGCCGCCCUUCUCGUGGAGGAAGCUGUGGCUGUUCACGGGCCCGGGGCUCCUCAUGAGCGUGGCGUUUCUCGACCCCGGGAACCUCGAGGGGGACCUCCAGGCGGGGGCGAUCGCCGGGUACUCGCUGCUGUGGCUUCUGAUGUGGGCCACCGCGAUGGGGCUGCUGAUUCAGAUGCUGUCCGCCAGGGUCGGGGUGGCCACGGGCCGCCACCUCGCGGAGCUGUGCAGGGAGGAGUACCCGGGCUGGGCCGGGUUGGCCCUCUGGUUCAUGGCGGAAGUGGCCCUGAUCGGGGCGGACAUACAGGAGGUGAUAGGGAGCGCUAUUGCCAUCCAAAUUCUGAGCAACGGUCACUUGCCCCUCUGGGCUGGGGUCCUAAUCACCGCUUCUGAUUGCUUCUUGUUUCUGUUUCUGGAGAACUAUGGGGUGAGGAAGUUAGAAGCAGUUUUUGCAUUUCUGAUCGGGACCAUGGCUCUUUCGUUUGCGUGGAUGUUCGCUGACACGAAGCCCAGUGGGAAAGAACUUCUAAUGGGUCUACUGGUUCCGAGACUUGGAUCCAAAACAAUUCGUCAGGCAGUGGGAGUCGUCGGUUGUGUGAUAAUGCCUCACAACGUUUUUCUCCAUUCUGCCUUGGUCCAGUCUCGGAAGAUCAACCCUGAGAAGAAGGGUCGGGUCCAAGAAGCAAUAAAUUACUACUCCAUCGAGUCAUCUUUCGCCCUUCUGGUCUCAUUCAUGAUAAACCUGUUUGUAACUACCGUCUUUGCCAAGGGGUUCUAUGGUACAAAACAGGCAAAUACAAUCGGGCUUGUAAAUGCAGGGCAGUACCUUGAGGAGAAAUAUGGAGGCGGACUUCUUCUGAUUCUUUAUAUAUGGGGGAUCGGAUUAUUGGCAGCAGGGCAGAGUAGUACGAUCACAGGGACAUAUGCAGGGCAGUUUAUUAUGGGUGGAUUCCUCAACCUUCGAUUGAAGAAAUGGCUCAGGGCUCUGAUCACAAGAAGCUUUGCCAUCUUGCCGACUAUAGUCGUUGCCCUCGUGUUUAACAGAUCCGAAGCUUCACUGGAUGUUUUGAACGAGUGGCUCAAUGUUCUUCAGUCUAUGCAGAUACCAUUUGCCCUUAUACCACUUCUUACCUUGGUGUCAAAGGAGCAGGUUAUGGGUGUUUUCAAAAUCGGUCCUGCACUUGAGAAAGCAGCGUGGGCAGUGGCUGCCCUGGUGAUCGUGAUCAAUGGGUAUCUUCUGCUUGAUUUCUUCAUCUCUGAGGUUGAGGGGAUGCUGCUCGGGUUCCUUGUCUUCACAGGCACAGCAGCAUAUGCAGCAUUCAUGCUUUACCUCAUUUCACAUAGCGGCACCCUGAGUUGGCUCAACCUGAUGUUACCCAAGUUCGGGAAUUGAGUCCGAAUCACUCGCAGUACAUUUAAGAUGAACUCUUACCUUUGCCCGGGAUCUGAUGUCUCCUCGUACAGGAAACGAGUAGAAUCACUAUACAUCCAGCGUGAAGAUCUUCAUGAGGGCUGGCAUUGCUGGAUUAGUUCCGAUGAAGAAAUUGGAGGAACCAAGAGGCCCCUAUGAUCACCUCGUGUGCUGAGGACCCAUGUCGUAGUCCUCCUUCAAACAGGACCUCCCUGCCCUCAUCGGACGUAGCAUUGGCUAGAUGGGCCAGCAAGGUGACUGGUCGAUCCAUGUUGUCAAGGAUGGUGUUUCAUUCUAUCUCAUACGUCAGAAUGCGUCAGACACUUUUUUAUUUUUCUUUAUGUACUUUCUUACUCAUAAAUAAGAUCGAUCUGUAGGACGGAUUCAAUCGUUGAAUUCGGCAGAAAUACGCCUCUUGAAGUGCGACGAUGAACGAUUAGUAAGAUGGCUGGCUAUAUUCUUGUUCAAACUUUUUUCCUGAUGACAUUAUUAUUCAAAUUAAUUAACUUA